AUGUGAUGCACAGGCUUGCUAUGAAAUUAAUGUGUACUGUAAAAGUCUUCACCAUUCUUUAAUGGUCUGGAAACAAAAUCCAGAGCGCUGGACAUAUGGUAAGAAUAGCAUUUCACUACGUGUUGUACUGUGUAUGGUUGUGUAUGUGACUUUGAAUGAAAUGUGGAUGAGAACACUCAUUUACAUCUAGAGUAAUUAAGCAUGGUUAAUCAAGAGUACAGAGGGGGUAAAAAGAGUAAAUUCUACUGUAAAAAGGUAUCCCAUGGGUGCCAGUGCUGCCUGCUAGUAGUAGUAGUAGUAGUAGUAGUAGUAUCUCCUAAUGACUUAUCUAAAUGAUAUAUAACAGUGAAAGCUAUCUUCACCCACAGGUUUUGAGAAUGUCUUGCAUAUUAAGACACAGUCUGACAACCUUUUUCUCCACACUGCAGUGCUGCGAUUUGACCUUUGAGCCGCCAGAGGGCGCUGAAGUGACCCAUUCUGCUCAUCAGCUUAUAUAAUAAAGACAAAUGUACAAAUAUUGAACGUAGCUUAAAGAUAAGGGGAUAUUUCCAAUUCAAAAUGUAUUUAUAUGAUUAAAAUGAAAUAUUUGUAUAUAUUUCAAUGCUUGUUCAUUUCAAAUUAAACGAGGGGCAUGGAUGUUCUAUUCUAUUAUGUUAUAUUGUAUUAUAUUGCAUUCUACUUUAUUAUUGUUAAAAUUGUACAUGAAAAGAUCCUUUAUUCUAUAGACGUGUUAUUACGUCAUAGCUCUCUGCUCCGCCCCUUUUUAAAUCUAAUGAGUCUAUUUAAAGAAUCAACUCUCAAGGAUUUGAUUGAUCUAGAAACUGUUUCUGAAUGAAGCAAGUGUUCAUUAUUUUAGAUCUUUUUCUUUUUCUUUAAAAAAAAAAAAAAAAGAAUUCUAAACGCGCUGAAACCCUAAAAACGUAAGCAUCAGCACUGUGUUGUUUUUUUUCUUCAGUUCCGAUUUCAGGCCCGUGAAUCGUUUCAAUUUUAAAGAGUCGUUCAUAAGGAAUCGACUCGCUUGAGAAUCGUUUGUACUUGGCAGUAGCGCCAAAUUAAAUUUUUUGUUCGUGGGACGAGGAGAAGGUUUUCUCACUGGUUUUACAGACUUUAAAAUUAUUUCCUGCUCAAAAUAUAUUGUGUUAUUGGGGUUGAGUUGCUGAACUGUUUGGAAAGGGGCUGGAAUGGAUACCGGUAGCGGAGAGCGCGUGAAAGCGCGCGUGGGAGCGCGCGUGUACAUCCCCGUAUCCAUCACUGUAAGUCUGCUGCUGGUAACGUCCACCGUCUUCUUCACCUUCACGUGUCCUUGGCUUGCUGAGAACGUGUCUCUUGCUUUCCCUCCAUGCGUCGGCAUCACAUUCCUUUUUGUCCUGGCAAAUUUCACCAUGGCAACGUUCACAGAUGCCGGCGUGCUGCCAAGGGCUACCGAGGAUGAAGAUAAGGACGAUGGCAUGCGUGCUUCUCUUUAUAAGGACGUGGAGGUCCGUGGAGUCCAGUUUCGGAUGAAGUGGUGUGCUUCCUGCAGCUUCUACAGACCCCCACGCUGCUCCCACUGUAGUGUGUGUGACCACUGUGUGGAGGACUUUGACCAUCAUUGCCCCUGGGUGAACAACUGCAUCGGGAGACGGAACUACCGUUUCUUCUUCCUCUUCCUGCUGUCUCUCAGUGUGCACAUGGUGGCCAUUUUCUCUGGAGGUCUCCUGUAUAUACUGGACCACGUCGAAACCUUGUGGGAACUACAUGCAACCGUCACUUUGUCCAUCAUGAGCCUGUCAGGGCUGUUUUUCAUCCCUGUUAUGGGAUUGGCCUGCUUCCAUAUAGUCCUUGUGGUAGCAGGACGAACCACAAACGAACAGGUGACUAGAAAGUUCCAAGGAGGAUCAAAUCCCUUUACACGUGGCUGCUGCGGCAAUGUGGAGUUUGUUCUGUGCAGUCCUAUUACCCCAAGAUACACCAAGAAGUUGGGAAACAAGCAGACCGUCCACAUCCAACCACCAUUCCUAACACCAGAGUCCCUCAAAAUGUCAGCCAUAAAAGUCGAAGAUAAUGGGAUCCACACUGAAAUGCUUUCUGUGAAGAUGGAGGGCACAGAGAACCCCCGGCUCCACAUGAGUGGUUUUGCACAGGAUCUAUUUUCUGAAGCUGGAAGACAAAUGGAGAAGCAGAUUCCCACCUCUACCAUGCAGUCCAGCACACUUCCCAUGAACACACUCAUUCUGAACUCCAGCUCACUCACUUUGAAACACUCCAGAGGAGACCGAGCUCAUCAAUGUCCCGAUUCUGUGGCAUCUUCUUCCACCCAGGGCAUCCUGAGCCUCUCCUAUGAUAGCCUCCUCAGUCCAGCACAGUGUGGGACUUUCAAAGUGAACUACCUGGCUCCUUUCCUUCCUUUAGAGCUGGGUCUGGCCAUCAGGUGCCCACCGGAUGCCCAGCAUGCGCCCUCCCGUACCUGCAGCCCGGGUUUCACUGGCAUGAGCAGGCAGUCUCCUGUGCACUAUGACAGCCUUUCCAAACCUUCCAUGAGCUCUAUCCAGGAACGUCAUGAACAGGAGGAGGGAGAAAAGCAGUCGUCUUUGCAUCCCAUUCAGGAUAUGUCUGUCUACGACACGCCCAGUGCGUACAGCUUGCCAUCUCGGAGGCCCACUCCGCCCGCCUAUGGCUCUCGAGAGUUCCUUAUGAGUGCCGCAGCGUACGGCUACGCCUCUUCGCUCCGACGGGCAUCCAGGACUUCCAGCUCGUCCAUGCAUGCCAAUAUGGCCCUUCAGAAUCGCUCGGUCUCACCCUCAGCCUGUAGAUCUCUGGAGCAUCAUGUUCAGCACUCAACCUCGUCUAUUCCCUGCCCGAUGCCCAGCUCCUCCUACACAGCGCAGAAAGCACUGGCUUUAAUCACCACCUCAGAGAGAAAAGACUCAGGUCCAUAGUUUGAGCCCCAGAUUCUUCCAGUCUGUCUACAGCACAUAUUUAUGAUGUGGGAAAACGUCUCAUUUAUCAUUGCUUGAUUUCACAUGCUCAUAUUGAUCCAUACAUGUCUCAACCUUUAUACAGAUUUAUUAUAGAAUUCAACUUUUUUAUGUAUUUGUUAUCAGGAAAAAGCAUGAGCUUCACUGAUCGGAUGUGAAGAACAGCUCCAUGCUAUGUGAUAAAUUCAUUUUGUAGUUAGAUGUGUGCAGUUAAAUAUAAUUUGUAUUUUUGUUUGUUUUAAACAGUCCAUGAAUGUAGAGUUAAAAUGCAUUCUGUAAAUUUUGGCCGAAUUUCUUAUCGCAUUUUUAUAGCUGUCAAUAAAAUAUAUGCUCAGAGAUUAAA